CCAUACAGUGAUCAAACACAUACAUCUCAGUAUAGAUGUUGUGAUUAUUCCGAACAUUUCCAGGGAAUUGUAAGUUAUAAGAAUCUUUCAACCAUGCCUUUCAGACCACUGUACUUUGCCAACCAUGACCUCAAAAUAAGGCCCUGGGAUGUAUAAUGUAUUAUGAAUUUAACAUUUGUCUAGGAACUCAAAUGAAAGACUAAAGACUGUGAGUGACUUUAAUAACCUUGUCUCGUUGAAUUCUGAAGAGUUCAUUUGAAUGGGCAAUACAUACUUGGAAAUAAUUUUGGAGGUGUGGUUUAGUAUGUAACGCAAUUAUUUUAAGCUAAUACAACUUAAAUCUGGGCCCCGUUACAUUUGACUUGUUUGAGUAAUGAUUAAAAACUAUUUUAAGUGACUACCUGUACUCACAUAUUCUCAGUGCAGUUUGUUUCCUCAAAUGUUUUGGGUAAUGGAACCACAUUUGGUGUUUACAAUGUAUAAGAACAAUCUAUUGUCAGUGGCUGUUUGUCAUCUGAAUGUUUACUGCUAAAAACUCUGCCAGGAUGAUAAACAUUUCAGAAAACAGAGGGUUUUUAUUUUAGUUCUCACAGUAUUGUGACGUAAUCAUAAUUUGUAUGUUAGAUUGGUUUCCAUGGUGAUACCACUGCAUUCUAUUUCCACACUUCUAACAAAGAACUGUAACAGGGAGGCUUGGUGAUGUGAAGAGAAAGACAACAUAGAAAGAAGAGCAGUUCAAGACAUGAUAUGGCUGUAACCACAUUUAUUCAAGCCCCCUUGAUGGGAAAAGAAUUCCUUCGGUCCUCACAUAUUCCCUUUCGGAAUGGCAACAGUGUUGAUGGCCUUAAAGAAACGUUUACGACAUCCUUUCAGACAGACUUCAACUCCUUUGCCACUCUUUCAGAGAGGGGUGCCGUCCCUCGACCUACCCCUGCCCAGGUCGAACACAAAGACCUGAAUCGGAUCAAGGAGUAUUUGACUGAAACGGUCAGGUCAUAUCCCCACCAUCCACGGAUCCACCACAUCCGCACACCUGCCUGGACUAAGUUAUGCACCAACUUCCAGAUGCAUAAAGACCCCAGGCUGGUCAACUUCCUUAGCACCCAAGCGGAAGGCUUCCAGCGGCAGGCCUUGUCCCAGACCAGGCCCGCCUGUCCUGUCACGACCAUCAAGAAGAAUCAAAUGGAGUUUCCUGAGACCACUUAUCAAGCUUUGUUCACCCCAUACAACGUGGCGCCCAUUGUCAAGGCCAAGGUCAAACAUCUAGGGGGAGAACCCACCAUUAAAGAGAUCAGGGAUGACUGCCGCUUUGUUUCCAACCACAACGAUGUGUUCAAGGGACAAUGGUGCAGCCCGCCCCAGCCUGUGGAGAAGCAAUUCCCCUCCUCUGUGGCAAUGGGAGAUCCACAGAAGAUUCUGGAAACUGAAACCACCCAUAGUUUGUCCUUCGGCCAUGUCAAUGCCACGAGUCCGGUCAAUACGUUGAAACGGUUAAAAGUCAAUCUUGGGGAUUUUUCUGAAAACAAAUGGACAUCAACAAUGGCUGAUUCGUUUUGUGGCGCCAAGUCAGCCCCUGCUCCAGUGAUGCAGACCAACAAAACUCUGAGCUCCAUCCCCAGAGGGGAUACUGAUCCUGGCCGCAACAAACAGAGGAUGAUGGCCACAACCAAUGGCCUUUUCUUCUCUGAGCGGAAGCACAGAGAGCUGCCGGUGCGUCUCAGUGGAGCCAACGCGAGGACCAGAAGCAAUGUGGAGUUGGGUAGAGCAAGUCUGGCAGGGCUAUUCUACAGCACAGCGGCCCAGGAAGACUAUCCCAAAAGGGAGAUGAUCCGAGUUCGGCCCUGCACCCAUACCUCAGGCCACGUGCUGGCUGGCCAAGAGCCUGGACCAGCCAUGACUACGUUUCAAAAGGAUUUCCUCCCACUACACUCCAGGAAGCAGGAAGUCAGCCCAAGGCAUAUUCAUCAGAUUAAAUUCAGCCACAUCACAGCCCCUAACAACGAGCAACAUUUCAACACGACCCAUAAGGAGGCUUUUGGACACAAGCCUCUCUCCAGGAGCUACUCAGACAACCCACCCAGACCCCACAUUAGUCACAUACUUAUCUAAAAAAUGACAUGGGUUGUGAUUAGAGUGAACUGCUUUGCUCGCUAAGGAGGAAAAACAUCACACUGACUGUGAUUAAAUCUAGCAAAUUUCAGUUACUGUUCAGAUGCUUUAACCACUAGGCUACAUGCCAUCCUGAGAAACCACCCCACCACGUGCCACAAGUGCAGCAAACUAGUUCCUAAUCUAAGAAACAGGACCUUUGAACAUCCAGAGGAACCAGACAGAACAGCUAGAAAAACAACCCUCAACCAGUUCUCUCAAGAGCAGUGUCAGUGUGUUACAAGCGACACCAAAGCUUUUUAAAGACCAAAUGUCCCAUGCUAGAGUGACUCACCAAAACCCCAUUUCUGAUUCGUACCCCAGGCCCCUUCCUACAGCUACUUGAAGGAAACCCAACACGUGCUUAAUCUGCUGUGGCAUCACCUGCUUGGCCAGGCACCUUGCCAAAAAGUCUAAACUCUUGAUCAAAGCGAUUAUAAUCCUUAUGUCCUUUGCAAAGUGUCAAUAACUGCUGAGUACACUAUGUAUGCCAUACAAACUUUUACCAUAUGAACUUUCCCAUCUGCAACUACAGCACUUUACAACAUAAGGUUGCUAAGUAACAACGCUCCCUGUUCGGCAGAUUAUAUUGUCGGCAGUUGAAACUGCCAUUCAACUAACUCAGUUGAAUGUGUGGAUUUAAAAUCGACCUGUCACAUUUAAAAAUUGGGUUGUAUUCUAUUACACCCCCCCCAAACCAAAUGCCUUCUUUCUGAGUGACCUUACAGAACUGCAUGAGUUUUGGUCUAAAGAUCCUUGAAUGUAUGGUCUCAAUGCAGAUUCAGAACAGCCUCUCAGCCAACAAUCUGCAUGCACCCUUUCAGUCUGGCGCCUGUGCACAGAGACAACCCUGCUAAGAGUAACACGUGACUUGUUGAUGACAGCUGAUAGUGCUGACACCAGCAUCCUUCUGGUUAUGACGGCCUUCUUUGAAUUCUCCUGGAGAGCACUCCUUUGGUGUCAGUCCUAUCUGACUAAUAAAUGAUCAUUUCUGACACUUAUAAUUUCUGUCAAUUAUAAACUUAACUCUGCCAAUCAGGGGGUCCAACUGGGCUCUGUUCUGAGGCCACAACUGUUUUCUAUACAGAGCAUGUGCUGCCCUUUGGUAUUUUAAUCUGAAGAUUUGGACUGGACAUGAAUGUGACAACUAAACUAAAUUAAAACAAGACAUUUCCUUAGACUUAAUGGAGGCAAUACAUUACCUUUUCUUAUUGCCUCUCU